GGCCUCUCUGAGUGACCAGCACAGUCCUAAGUUGACCUGUCUGCCUGCUGGCUGCUGCUGGGUGCCACUGGGUGCUGCUGGCACUGGUUCCCCUGCACAUUCUCCAUGCCUUCCUUUCCAUGGCACCAGUUUCUGCCUCUCCUUUGGGUUUCUUUCCCUUUUCCUCCUUUCAUGCUGGGUUUUGGAGUCAUUUGAGAUGGAAGGUGGGCCAUUCGAGUAGCUGUAGGGUCAGACCCCCUUUCUGCCAGUUUAUUUGGGAAAAAUCUUCCAUGUCACUUAGCUCUUGUAACACUAGCUACAAAAGUUGCUUGUUUGUUGGGAACUAAAAUCUGCCAGUAUAGAGAUUUGCCCUCAGAUGGAUUUCCAGGAGAGAUCUCUCGUCUUUGAGUCGGCAUGGAAGAAGGAGAAGGACAUCGUUUCCAAGGAGAUAGAGAAGCUCCGCAUGUCCAUCCAGACCCUGUGCAAGAGCGCACUUCCCCUGGGGAAGAUCAUGGACUAUAUCCAGGAAGAUGUGGAUGCCAUGCAGAAUGAGCUGCAGCUGUGGCAUGCCGAGAACAGGCAGCACGCUGAGGCUCUGCAGCAGGA